UCCAGCCGCAGCCCCAGAGAAUGAAUGAAAUUGAAAUAGCUGCUACAUUACAUGUACAAUACCGGGCGCCGCAGCGUUGCAUUCUAUCAUACUACACCAAAAUGGCCACAGCGGUACAGAACCACCUCAAAUCGCAAUCUGGAGGUGCAGUCAUCAAGAACAGUCUUGGGGAAGAGUUCUAUAAGGAGGCCAUUGAACACUGUCGCAGCUACAAUGCCCGUCUGUGUGCUGAGCGCUCCAUGCGUCUCCCCUUCCUGGACUCCCAGACAGGCGUGGCCCAGAGCAACUGUUACAUCUGGAUGGAGAAAAACCAUCGUGGACCAGGUCAUGCACCAGGUCAAUUGUACACAUAUCCCGCUCGGUGCUGGCGUAAGAAGAGGCGGUUGAAUAUCUUGGAGGACCCACGGCUUGUACCAAUUGAGUUCAAAAUUGACUACGAGGCCUCCCUAAAGAAGGAGGGAGGUAUUCCCGAUGGCCCCGUGUUGGAGUCGCUGCUCGCUGGGGAUACGCUGGACAAGAAGGUCGAAACAAAAGAGGAAGAGCCUAUGAGUGAGUGUCAGAAAUUACUUGUUGGAGAUUUCCCUCAUGAACUGGAGGUGGAUGAGAUGGAAGAAGAUGUUCCGAAGCGCAAGAACCGUACCAAAGCACGGGCCUACGGGGUUGGUGGCAUGAGAAAGCGACAAGAGCCACCUACUAUAGAAGACAGAGACAAGCCUUAUGUCUGUGACAUAUGUGGAAAGCGCUACAAGAACCGCCCAGGGCUGAGUUACCAUUACACUCACACACAUCUCGCGGACGAAGAGGGCGAGGAAGACUCGGAGAGGCACACACUCCCCUUCCAGCGCAAAAACAACCACAAGCCCAAGAAAGCGGCGGACGGCUCGGUCAUCGCCAAUGGAUACUGCGACUUUUGCCUUGGAGGCUCAAAGAAGACUGGCUGCCCCGAGGACCUUAUUUCCUGUGCGGACUGUGGACGCUCAGGCCACCCGUCCUGUCUGCAGUUCACAGUGAACAUGACAGCUGCAGUGAGGACUUAUCGCUGGCAGUGCAUCGAGUGCAAGUCCUGCAGCCUGUGCGGCACCUCUGAGAAUGACGUGCAUCUCCAAGACACUCCUGCUGCGCCGGACCGCCCAGCUUGGCGGAGACCGGUUUGCCAACCACAUUGGCAAACACGCUCCGCGAGCCUUGCGCUGAUAAGAAAAUCAGGAUCUGCCGGCAUUUGCGCCACGGCGCAGGAUCAGCUGUUGUUUUGUGAUGAUUGUGACAGAGGCUACCACAUGUACUGUCUGAGCCCACCUAUGUCUGAACCUCCAGAAGGAAGCUGGAGCUGUCAUCUGUGUUUGAGACAACUGAAGGAGAAGGCCUCAGCCUACAUCACCCUCAAUUAAUCUGUAGAGCUAGCUUUGCGUGCCUCUCAUCCUUUUGGCCCUCCAUCCUGUCCCAAACAUUCCCUCCGUCUGUCUGUCCGUCGGCUGCCCUUUUCACGGAGUGCCGAUGCGCCUCAGCGUUCGAACCCUGCGACCUUUGACUCAGCGCAGGACCCCAGCAACUUCCAUCUGAACAUCUUCUGAGGAGAGCUAUGCCGUAACUUUCGCCGUCCAUUUGUCAUUCACACUCCUCGGCUGUGAAUGGACGACAC